CGCAAAUUAGAUCGCCUUUAUUUCUGUCACGAAAAUAACACUUCUUGCAAGAAGGUUGAAGAGAGACUCGAGAGAGAGAGAGAGAGAGAGAGACGGGAGGAGAGAAAGAAGAGAUCAUGAUGCUUGUGAUUUGCCUUGCUUUCAGUUAAGAGCAGUAUUUUUGCAGGGCCUUCCCGAAUGAUCCUCGUGGUGUCAUGACAUGAACCAUGACAUCGUCGCAGAACACCACCACUACCAACACGUUCACUGCCUCCCAUCGCAACACCCUUUCCCAGUUACAGAGUACCACAUAUGGACAGAGUUUCAGUGGAAGUGAGACAGAUGUGAGCACCUCUACUGAAAACUUGAGUCCUGAGGAGCGUUAUGCUUUAGAGCAUACACAGCGACAGGAGCCACAGGGACAAGAGAAUGUUGGUAGUGCAGUGUCUAGAAUGGCCGGCACACAAAAUACAUGUGUGUCUGCGCUAGUGACGGGUGGAGCAACUACAAUAUCCAUGGCAAGAUCAAAUGAAUCCAAUGCCUCCAUCAGCAGCAGCACAAAUACUUUGAUUAUCCAUAACUCCCAAACUGAUGAUUCUUGGAGUCACAGAUGGAUGCCAGGGGGAUUCUCUACUCCUGUGGCCGGACGAAAGUCUGGGUCUUCCACUCUGAAUAGUGUAACAGACACCAUCAACUUCAGUUCUUCCCUCAUUAAUUCCCCCCUUCUCCUAGACUCCACUCUAACCCAGAAGAACUCUGUAUCAUCAUAUUUAAGUGACAGUAUUCCUGGCUCUCCCAAAUUAUCAACACGUAGUUCUGCUAUGAAAUAUCAUGCUGCAACUGAUUUACCUGAUAUUCCAUCUUCAUAUUUAGACCAAUCGGAAGUGUUAAAACAUCUGUUGAACCGAGAUGGAAAAUGUGGACAGAACAACCAGAGUGCUUCAAGUUCAAACAGUGGCAUAGAUAUAUUGGAGAGUGUGGGUACAGUCAGUAAAAAUACAUCUCAGUUACCGUUACUAAGUGACUUAGAUACAACGGUGAAUUACGUCAAUUAUCCUCCUCCUCCUGCGUAUCCAAUUUGGCGAAUGGAAGACUCUGAAAAGUCGGAACACAUCGAUUUAUCAAAGUCAAGUCUCUCAAAAUCACAGCCUGACUUGAGCAGGCUAGGAGGCUCUAAGGAAAUCUCAAGUCCCAAAGAAUUGUUGAGCCAAAGAAUUGUCUCUGGACAAACAGACAGCAGUGAAGGUCAUCUACAGGAGCGAGCUGAUAUUUUAGCCAGGGAGAAUAAUGCAUUAAAGAUUGAAGUUGACAUGUACCACAGAAAAGUAGCCAAACUUCAGCGCUUUGAAAUGGAAAUAAUUAAAGUUCAUGAAGCGCAUGAAGCCUUAGUCAAGUUGUCAGAGCGCAGAGAGCAGCUAGAAAGGCUUGCACGGCACAAACUACAUGCAGAAGUGAAACGACUGACUGACCUUAAUGCAGAUUUAAAGGAUCAGGUUGAUGUUCUUUCAACCCAGAUAGCUAGCCGGAGCUUACCUACAGAUAGUGCUGAUGCCCUGCAAAAGGAACUUAACAAAAGAGAUGUUUUUAUUGCUCAACUUGUAUCACAAAAUAAAGAAUUAAUAGCAGCAAAGGAAAGGCAAGAAAUAGAAUUAACAGCCCAAAGACAAACAUUGAACGAACAGCGAACUCACAUAGAUAUCUUGGACUCAGCCCUUACUAAUGCUCAAGCUAAUGUUGUUAAACUUGAGGAAGAGUUACGUAAAAAGCAGAAUCUUGUAGAGCAAGCAGGUCAGUUAAAAAGACUGCUUGUUUCAUUGCAACUUGCAGCAGAUAGAAGAGAGCAGUCUGAGAAAAAUCUUCGCUUCAAACUAGAGAAAGAAAUUGAACAGCUGCGAAUGGGUUAUAAGCAAGAAGGACCUGACAGUAAGCUUAGUGAUUUGAGGCGUGAAAUUCGUGAAAAAGAAGAGAAGAUAAUGCUUUUAGAAGGGGAAGUGACCAAAUGGGAGCAGCGUUACCUCCAGGAGUCAGCCAUGAGGCAGCUGGCUAUUGAAGCUGCAUCUAUGCCCAAGGAUGCUAAAAUUGGCCUGGAGAAGACUAGUCAAGAGAGUGAACGACGCAUUGCACAAGUCCAAAUCGACAAAAUUCGACACAUGGAUGAAAUCCAUAAUAUGAAUAAGAAACAAGCUGAGUAUGAAGCAAGGAAUCGUGAAUUGGAGACCCAAAUAGCUGAGAGAAAUGCAAUGAUUCGUGUUUUACAGAAAAGAUUAGAGGAGAAAGAAAAUGUAUAUCAGAAUGCACUGAGAAAUUCACUUGGUGCAGGGAAAAGCACGGAUGGAAGAAACAGCAGUAGUAACACCAGUCUGUUCCAGUCUCAUAGUUCUCAAGCUUCCACUGCUCAUUCUUAUAGUAGUAGUGGUGGUGGUGUUGGAGGUGCUGGGGCUGGUUCCAGUGCUCCAAGUACUCCAAGACGUGAUGAGGAACUUGCUUUCCACGGUAUUGCAGGUCAGGAAAGGCAUACCAGUGGUUAUUUGUGCCAGAGCAAAGAUUACCGAUUCCUCCAAACUGAUAAUUUUGGAGGUGCCGCUCAUUCCUCUGCUACUUUGCCUGACUUGAAUGACGACCUUCUGGUAGACAAAGAAGAUGGAGUCUUGGGAAAACUGGGUGUGGUGUGUUUUCCAGGACUGGCUCAUCCUGGCUUUGCAGCUGGAGAAGGCACGCUUUCCAAGUCACUACUGGCGUGUGUAGAACCACACUCCUCUCUCAUCCCUUCUACUAGACACCCCAAUAUUGAUUUGCCUCUUAUGGGUCUUGGAGUGGGGGGGCUGGAUUCCCCCUCCUCAACUCAUGGUUCUUAUCAUACCCAACCCUCUGAAUCUCUCCGAUCUUACUGUAUGGAAACUAUGAAUCAAACUCCAGCAUCUCAAAGAAAAGAUUUCUCACUUUGUGGCCAGCAAUCUCACUCCAAGAUUUGUCGUGAUGCUUCAUCUGCCUUACAGCCAGUUGACCACCUGAACUGUGAUCCUCCUCCAUAUCAUGGUCGUCAUGAACUGUUAAUUCAGCAAGCCGGAGCCUCUGGAAUGCAGUCAUUACCUGCACUGUCUCAUCCUGCCGAGCAGGGUGCUGCAAUGCUUACUAGUCCACCUCUUUCUCCUAAGCUUGCCAGUGAUAUGCCCUUACCACGGCCACCAAUGUGUCGUAAUCCGCACCACCCGACUGUUGCAUGCAGGAAAUGUAACAGUGUCCGUACUAGUAACAGACAGAAUGCAGCAAUUCUUGUUCGACGUGCCAAUUCUAGUGCUGGCCAGGUUAACAGGAACUCUGCACCUGUUCCUGGAAGCCAGAGUUUACUAGAUACUGAUGAUGCUCCUAGUAUACUAGCUCGUCUCCGUAGAGAGUGGCAUUUAGGAAAUAUACCACCAAAAUUAAAAAAUCCACCAACCCAGGCUUCACCAGCUACAAGUGCAGAAUCACAGCAAACUACCAGUACCAAAUCUGGUAGUCAAGCAGAUAAUAUAGCAAGUAAAAAAAUUGCAGAUCAGCAACAAAAUAGCUUAAAGAAGGUAACAUCUCCAGCAAAAAUCUCGGAAAUGAGUCAUAUUUCACCUGUUUCUAAUAUCUUGUUACCACAGAACAAUACAAAUUCUAAUAGUAAUUCUACAUCAUCAAACAUUGUUAACCAGGCAAAAGAAGUGCAAAAUAACUUACCAGUAGAUAUUUUGAAUACUCAUAAUCCAGAGUUAGUAUCUUCAUCAGACAAGGACAAAAAUCCUUCACAAUCUUUAAAUAAUAGAACUGGUAGCACUGAUCAAGUCAAUGAAAAUAAUGAUCGAAAUCAGCAAAAUAAUAAUGAAGAUGGCAAAAUUGAAUUGGUUAUUUUAGAAGAUUCGGAUCACCUUAAAACCCCACAAAAUAGUCAUGAUAGCUCCAAAAUAUCUCUGCAAAAUGUUAUUUGAUAUUUCAUAAAUGUUAAGGACAUAGUAUUUCCAAAAUACUUAGGUCUGUUGUAAUUCUUCUAUAUUGUAGAUGUUUAUGGAGGACACUUUUGACUUUGAACAAGUCAGAUAUGAAAGAUAUCCGUCCAAUGUUGGUGUGUCUCAUUAAAUGUUUAUGGAAUAUUGAAAAUCAAUUCAUAUAUAGUUUGGUACAGAAAUUGUAGAAACUUUCAUUUCAAAGUAUUAAACUUGAGAAUCUCCAACUCUUAUUAAAGACUGUGACAAGCUUCAAAUUAAUAGUCAGUGUCAGUCAUGAAAGGUUGACAAGAAUUGCUGAGGUACUGCAUCGUUGAAGGUAAAUAUUAUACAGCUUCCUGAUUCUGUUGAGUUACAGCAUCACUUUCAGCUGUCAAGGUAAAUAUGUAAAUGUGUAGUGUCCUUAUUUACAGCUCCCUAGUAACCAAGAAUAGUUAAAGUUUAUGACCCUGGAAUUUUUUAAAGAUAAAAUAUUUAAAUCUUUAUAAUCCAUUCUGGAAGUAAAUUAGUAUAAUGUUUACCAUAGUUAAGCUUAUUGUUCCUUUAUGCAAUAUUUUAAAGGCACAUCAUCAUAUUCUUUUCACCUUACAUGUUGAGGUUGUAUUGUUUUCUGUUGGAACCUUUGAUGUCAUGUGCUGUCAUAAUUGAGCAAUAACGUUUUAAUAAAUGAAUUCAUGCUAUCUUUUUUGUUUUGGUGCUAUAUUAAGUCAAAUAAUGCUUUGAAACAUUUUUCUUUGUAAUAGAGUCCUAAAUGUGGUAUUCUGUAGAGUUAGGUUCUUCUUUUUAGUAUGUUUUCCUUGUUUUUAUCAGUUUAAUUAUAGCUUUUGGCUUGCAACCUCUUCAUUGAUGAUCAGUCUUUUGUCUUGAACCUAAGCAAGUUAAUUAGUUGCUGAUAUUUCCACUUCCUUUAUCUGUAAAUGUUAUUCUUUUUCUUGAAAGCCAGGGAGAGUACAUAUGUAAAGGGUGGGUUACUUGAGAGAGAAGCGCUUCUAAAGCUUGAAUAUUGCCCAUUAAGUGCAUGACAAAAGCAUCAUGCAGGAUAAAGUAGUUUGAGGAUAAAACCCUACAAGCUGUAGAGCUGAAUUAUGUGCUGCCAGAAAAAACUGAUGCUGGUUUGGGACUGCAGAUAAAUUGCCCUGAUGGAAUUAGGUAUUUAGUAACCGCAUAUACAACUUGAGGUAUGGAACAGCCUAGAAGUAUUUUGAGGUGUGUUUAAAUCAGAUAGAUGUAAAAAAUAGUAUUUUUGCAUUUUCCACCUCCCAGUACUACUAUUGUUGACCAUCCAUCAUAAUUGAGACAGAAACAGGAAACAGAUUAAACACAUUUAAGGGAAUUUGUAUGCAAGUGGGAGAGUUUGGUUGAAAUUUAACAGUAAAAUUGCCAUGUAUUUGGUAGCAAGUGCUCCUGACCCUAUGACAAUUUGACGUGUCGCCAACCGACGGACAGUUUGAUAUCAAGAUUCCCUGGCCCAGGUGCUAAUUGUUAGUCUUGUUAGGCAAACAGUAUUGGAAUUUCCCAAUGAGUCAUCCAACUUGAUGCUUCAGGAUCAGCCCUCUUGCAGUUUUUUGUACUUUAUCCUUCAAGGCUGUAGUAGUUUACAGGUACUAUUUUUUUUCAAGAUAUGUCUCACGAUAAGUAUCAAAUUGCCCAUUUAAUUUUGAAAUACCCAGUGUGUUUUUAAGCCUUUCAUUUCUGUUUCAAUGAUGUAAGAUUAUUGACAUGUUUGAAGCUUAGAGGUUGAAUGGUUUAUAACCUAAUGCAUGAUUGAUGAGUAACAGUGAGUAAUAACAGGCUUUCAAGAAAUUUUCCUGUAUCUGUAGACUGUAAUUUUGCACAUCUUUCCAGCCACAAAGUUUUUCUUUCUUAAUUUUAAUAUUUAUAAGAUCAAACAUUAUUUGAAGUUGAUAUCAAUGGAAAAAGUUGAAGUAAGAUAUGUUUUGAUGCUCCACUCCAUUAUGAUUUCUGUUCUUUGAGGAUAUUUUGUCCCUGAUUUCAGUAUUAACAGUUGCUCAAAGGGAAUUGUAUACUUUAGGUUGGGCAUUAUCUUCACAUCUAAGACUCAUGUUAGGUAAGCAUUAAAAUGGCAGUAUUUGAAUCACAACCCUUUGAAAAUAUACUAUAUGAAACCUUUUAUGGAAAUAAACUACAUGAAUCCUUUUAGAAAUUGUGAUAUGGAUAUUACAUGUUAUAUGAGGCAUAGAGUACAGUAUGUACAUAGAAUUUUAGUUCAUUGGUGUUAAGAUGUCUUCAUGUAAUGAAAUACAUAUACCUGUUUACAUAAGUAACAGUGAGUUUUUUCAAUAUGUACGAUUUAGUCCUUUACAGAUACAAAAGAGAUAAAAAUAUCUGCAGCUAAUGCUUGCUUUGUUUAGAUAAGAUGACAUCACAUUAAUGCUAAUGUAAUUUUAGUAGCUAACUUUGAUUCAAUGCUUUAUUAUGAACUUUAUUUCAUUCUGAAACAGUUUUUGUAUAAUGUAAUGUAUGUGCAUAUAAUACUACUUUGCUGAGGGAAAAGUGUUUUAAAAGGUUCCUGUUACUAUUCAACCAAAGAUUCUUGUUCUUGAUCUUUAUCUUACCUUCCAUUUCACUCUCGCUGGUAUUUCCUAGAAUUUUUAUUUCAAUACUAUUGGUUAUUGAACAAAUUUUGAAAGGAAACACUGAUUAGGGUGAAGUAAAUGUAUUAUAUAAAACCAUAGUUACUUAAUAAAGUACACUAGAGAUAUAUUUUUAUGUAACUACAAUUUGUACAUAAUUAGUGUUUCAGAGUCAUGCCCUAUCACUACUUUUACCUUAUUAGGUGGAUAUUUUGGACUCAUACUAUUUGUAAGUAGUGUAAAAAAUGUUUGCUAGUUCCUGCAGAUAUAUUUUAUUAUUCUUUUAAAUGUCUUUAUCUUUUUACAAAGGCAUGUAAUAUAAUUGGUAGUUGUAUAGUAUCAGCAUCUAUUUUUUCCAGCCGUAUUUUCAUAAAAUGAUUUUCUCAUCAGCUUGAAACUAUUCCGAUACUGUUAGAAUUUCUGAAGGAAAUACAGUAGUGCUCAUAAACUGUGGUAUAAUUUUGGCAUAUGCUAUAAUUAUGUCUUAAUGUUUUUUUUUUAUGUGUGUGUGUACUUAAUUGAUAUCAAAUUUAGAAAAGGUAAAAGUAUUAACUUCAGAUAUAUUUGCUGGUUUUAUUUGCUUGCAUAUAUAUUAUAUAUGUAUAUGUAUAUGCAAAAUAUCAUAUGGUCUUUGUUGUUCCUAUUCGUGAGUGUGGCAUUUUCUUAUCUUAUACAUAAUGUGGUUUACUUUUCUGAAUGUCAUGUGGGCUACUUGAUAUGAAGGGAAUUUAUUAGUUUUGAAAUUACUUUUGUAACAUUUGACAGAAUUAAUUUCUUACUGGAGACUUGUUAGAAGGACUUUGUAAAGAAACCUUUGAAGGGCCUGUAGCAUGAUGGAAAGGGUUUCUUUAUUUUAUACUUAUCAUAAGACCCUAUAAAAUGUCUUCAUUUGCUCUCUGUGCCAAAUGCAUCAAAUAUACCAUUGCUUAAUGGAAGUGUCACAUUUAAUGCUAAAAUUAACAAAGAUAUGGUUUAAUAGUUAUAUUUUGCUCAAUUUAGCUUGCAGAAAUUGUGACUAUUCAUGUAGAAAUUAAUGUUCAUUGGUGUGAGAUUAAUAAAUUUCUUUUUACCAUGGUGCAUCCAAGUUCAUUUCAAGUGUCAUCUGUUCUGAAAGAGGGCAUUCUCCUCAGUGGUAGGUCCAUUACUGACAAAUAGUUAGUCAAUUCAUUCCUGUAUUUGGGUAACAAUAGCUAUUGUUAGCAGCAGCAUCAGCUUUCAACAAUUCAUUCAACUAUUGAAGUUCCCCACAGACAUUUUUAGAUCUUAAGUAUAUAAUUUUCAGUUCAGUGGUUGUAGGAAGUCGCCAAAUGUCUCCUUUUACAGUAGCACUAGAUGUUCUUCAUUUCCAGCCUCAUUAUUAUAUAUCAUCAUUACCAUUAAGGGCUGAAUGGCCUUUGCUGCCCCAGUGCUUGGUGUUACACCUAAACUUUAUAAAACCAACCAACCAACCAACCAACCAAUCAUUACCAUAAACAGAUUGUGUCGGCAUGCAUUUUUUUUCCUACACUGCAAGUUUUUUUUUCCUUCGGUUUACUUUUUGCAAUAAUGAUACCAAAUAUACUUGCUGUCCCAUUCACUAUUGUUAAUGAAGUCAUUAAAACUAGUAUGUUUAUAAAAAUCAGAACUUUAUAUUUAUUUGGUAAGUAAAGUUCACAAACAGUAUAACGAAAAUGUACCACCCUUUGUAUUGGUUGUGCACUGCAUUUGCCUAAAAGUCCAUACUCACCAUGCACAGGCACAAAGUCUUCCUCCGGCAAGAAGUAAUGUCAAAGACAUAUGUCCAUGGAACAAACAUUUCCUAUGCCAGCUUCAGUAUUGUAGACAGGAAUUAGCAGAUAGGUGCCCAUUUGAUGGCCAUAUUUCCCUGAAAUAAUAAAGAGUCUUAAAAGUAAAAAUGAUGGAACAAACAGCUACAAAUAAUGAUAAAGAUUUAAAUUUUUGUUUGUUAGCUCCUUUAUCCAGAUAUGAUAGCAUUAAACCAUUUUUAAAAUGGGUAGCAUUUCUAAAAGCACAGUGCCUGUAGCAUUCAUAACUUUUGCAUUAUGUAAAUCCAUCACCGUUUAUAUGUAUUUUAAUACCUUAAGAACAGGUGUUUGCACACCAAACACUGGAUAAUCAUCAUCUUUUUAACUUUGUAACCUUUAUUGACAAGAAAACUGGUGUUUGACAUGCAACCUAAAUAUUUAGCUUAUACUCAUUUGUGUUGUAUUGUCAGUUAAUACACUUCAAUUGAAAUGUGGUUGAAGGAGCAUGAUUUCUAGUGUUUUGGUAUGAAGAAAUUUUUUAGCUGUAAAUUGAUUUAUUAUUUUUUGUUAAAGGCUGGAAUAUGAAUAGAUGUUGUACUUUAUAGCACAAACGUUGGCUUCCAUUUAUUAUUAUCAGCUUCUUUACCUUGGUGAUAUUAAUUUCGUAACCCUUUCAUACACUAUUUUCAUACUUUUAAGACUUGUUUUUGUGCUUACUAUUUUCAUAGAAAUUGCAUUUCCCAUUCUUGGAAAUUCUUCCUUGGCCAUAUGGUAGAGUGCUAUAAUGAGUUGCGUUUAUAUAAAUGGAUAAUUAGUUAGCUUAGAUCCUUAAGUUUUGACUUGUUUUUCAUAAACUAUGUAAUCAGAAGUUUCUGGUUAUGGCUAGAUGUUUCAUUUUAUCAAUUUUUAUGAAUUUUGACAGAUGUAAAACUGUGAUGAAUCUCUUGUUCUGUGUAAUUAUAGUAAACUAAGAAUUUGUGUACAACUUGGUUACAUGUUGACAUUGAAGACUCUCUAGAAGGGCAUUCUUAUACUUAUCCAAAAUUGCAAUAUUUUUUGUCUUCCAGAGUUUCAUGGCUGUUUUAGAUAUUGAUGGAGACAGUAAAUAAAAGUAUCUUUUUUAUAA